UCGUCACCGGAAUAUGACUUUUGUUCUGUUCAGUUCUCUGCAGCUGUUCUAGAAAAAGCACACUGGAAACUGAACUGUCCUCUGAGACUUUAUUUGGUCCAAACAUGUCUCACACAAUUCUGCUCGUUCAGCCAACUAAAAGACCAGAAGGAAGAACAUAUGCCGAUUAUGAAUCUGUCAAUGAGUGCAUGGAAGGAGUGUGUAAAAUGUAUGAGGAGCAUCUGAAAAGAAUGAAUCCCAACAGUCCCUCCAUCACUUACGACAUCAGUCAGCUGUUUGAUUUCAUCGAUGACCUGGCUGACCUCAGCUGUUUGGUGUACCGGGCUGAUACACAGACCUACCAGCCCAACAACAAGGACUGGAUUAAGGAAAAGAUCUAUGUAUUGCUAAGACGCCAGGCUCAGCAGGCAGGCAAAUAGAGCAGCGAGGAAAGGUUUUUGUGGGCUGCAUGGAUUUUUUUGGACAUGGGAUCCAUCCAUGUAACUGUUACAAACUGCUGAAUUUUUCUAUGCCAUAAAUGUUUGUUUAUGAUGCCCAGUGUAGGAUUCCACUGAUGAAUGUUUGUGUUUUUGAUCAGCUGAGAUGACUAACAUCUGAGUGGUGGGUGUUGUACUGUGGGACUUAAUCUUAUUUACAUUGAAGUGGGAUUGGAAGUAUUUUUUAAAAUAUAUUUUUAUUUUUUAUCGAACUUUACAUUUUUACAUUGUCUUUUUUUGUUAUUUCAGUACUUCACAGAAACCAAUGUAAUCUAAAUUCUGCAUACAUUCUGAUGCUGUUAAUACACUAGUCUAACUUUAAAAAAGCUAAUUUUUACAAAUGGUGUCAUACAGAAUUCCUCUUGGCAGUCUUUCAUAAAUACUGAAAGCAAAGUCUUUAGACAUCCUUUCAUUUAAAUUUCAAAUGUUAUGGCAUGUACAUUUGCAAUUUAUACUUUAUAGAAAUUUGUAUUACAUUUAACAUUUAUAUAACUUAGUGGUUAGGUUCGGUUAUCUUUCUGUUAUGUUCCAGUGGUUCGAUUAGUUGUAUGAUUAUAACCUCCAACCACCAAUAUCUGUUUUUUAAGCUGCCAUUAAGCAGUUUUGUUUUCUUUUUCUUUAAUACAAUAAACAAGUUAAAACAAA